AUGUCAACCUCCAACAAGGAGUUUCACUUCGGGCUUUUGAGAAUUUCGAUGAUCCAGCUGCUCAAAAGCCAUGGCUUUGAUAAGGCUCAGCCAUCUACAGUUGAUGCAUUCACGGAUCUAUAUGUGCGAUUCUUGCAGCUUUUGGUGCUGGAAGUGAUGAAACUUUCUCGAAGCAGAAUGGAUGAGUAUGAGGAUAUUGCAUUGCAAGAUAUAUCCCAGGCCCUUUUGAAUGUUGGGCUUCUAAAACCGAUGAGUACUCUCGAUGUUUACGAUGAGAACCCUAACCUUGUCAGCGACAUAGGCAUGCAAAAGUUCAAGGAAUGGUGUCUUCUGAGCCCCAUACCGAAAGAAGCGCGAGCGGUAGCGACCCCUACUUCGGAAUUACUUCGACCCAAAGAUAAAUUGUCAAAGCCACUUUCUAUGAUUCCUGAAUACAUCAAUCAGCUAGACAAAGGCUCCGCAAAGGAUAGAGUAGAUAGCGGGCAAGACAAUGACAUUGUCGAACAACUUGUCCGCAGCGGUGACAUGAGUGAUUGGACACGUUUUAUGAUUCGCAGACAACAACUCAUGCACGCAAGAAAGAUCUCCGGUAGAGAAGUCAAGGACAUAAAGAGCCUGCCGCCUGUCCCCGGCUUACGGUCUUCGAUCUUUUGUAGAGACCGUCGCUUUGAUAACAGCGAAAUAAUGCCACCUGAGCCUCAAGAAACAGAAAGUGACGAAAAGGCUCUCAAAGAAAAGGCUCUAAUUACGAAGCUGGCGGCUCAUCAGAAGGACAACAGGCUCGACAAUAUUAGGUUGUCAUUCGAAGAAGAAGACGUCGACGUGAGCCAUGAUGACAUAGAUUUAAAUGAUGUUAACUUUGAUGAUAAUGACCUAAACGAAGAUAUGGCAGCUUUUGAGCAAAUGGAAAAUAGUAUGAAUCUCACGCUGGGGUCAGAAAACAAUUUGCAACUUGCAGAAGCCGAAAAUUUGAACGAUACCUUCCAAAGAAGAGAUUCUUUGGAGUUUGGAGACGAAGUAUUUCAAGGCCACGAAUUCGACUUCAAUACUUACUGA